CCAAAUAAAAAAUAAUAAAUUAGUGCUGAAUUAUAAUAAAAAAAAAGGGAAAUCACAAGUCGGUACCUAAAUGCUUUGACCACAGAUGUCUAUAUUCAUAGACAAUAGAAUGAAGCACAGGACAUACACAAGAUUUAGGUAUUUUGCUUUUAAGCCCAAAAGACAUGUGAACGAGGUCUUUUCGGUAUUAAGACAUACAAAUGUUAAUGGGAAAGUACAAUGUGGGAUCCAUAACAUAUCUGGGCCAUUAUUUUUAGUUUGUUUUUCAUUGAUAAUAAGUAUAUGUGAGGCAGUGCCUACAUUAGCAGGGAAUGCUUCUCAAUUAGCACAUGUACUUAGUAGGCGCAGUUGGCCGUCCUUAAAGCAUUAUGACAUCUGGAAUAGUGAUUUUGCGGAUAGCAGUGGAACUGAUAAUAGUAUUGAUACUAGAGAUGCUGAUAUUGAUUUUGAAAUUUUAAAUAAAGGAAAUAAUUUUCAAAUUAUAUCAGAGUCAUUCACAACAAACGCUCAACAGAACCAAAACUCUGUUUUCAACGAGACAUUAUACAAUAUAUCAGAAAACGCUCAACAUCAGCAAUUAGCGCAAAUUUAUGCAAGCAGUAGAAAAAGUAAAGUAAUACAUCUAUUCCCAGUACCAGUUGAUGGGGAAUGUGUUUCAGAUGAUGGCCGUCGUACAGGAUCAUGCUUCAAUCCUUAUGAGUGCCGUAUGAAAGGAGGUUCAGCUAAGGGAGAGUGUGCAAUGGGUUUCGGUGUAUGUUGUAUAUUUAUUGCAAAUUGUAACGAAACCAUUAUUCAAAACCUUACAUAUAUCGUUUCGCCUAAUUUUCCAAGUUUUAUGCCCAGUAACUUUAGUUCUUGCACUAUGAAGGUAAAAAUACUCAACGAAGACAUUAGUCAAUUACGUAUCGAUUUUUAUCAUUUCUCAUUGGGACAACCCAACAGACGUUCGGGUAUAUGCGACGGUGAUAUAUUCAAUGUGACCGGUGGACCUGCAGGCACUUUUUCACUUUGCGGACAGAAUAGUGGGCAACACAUUUAUUAUGAUGUUGGCGGAAAGUUCUUACCAAGACAAACACUCUAUGGUACUCUACGUCCAUUGACAUACAACCAGAUAUAUCCAAAUUUAAAUGCUUCAGAAUUCGGAAAUGGAGAACAGCUCAUUGAAAUUUCAUUGAAUUUCUCAAAACGUUUUUUACCAAUCAGACUAUGGGAAAUACGUAUAGCGCAAAUUCCAUUUAGUCUGCGUGCUCCUGCAGGCUGUCUGCAAUAUCACACUUCAAAUGAAGGCAUUAUACAAACAUUUAAUUUCGCUGACAAUGGACGCCAUCUUGCUAAUCAGCAUUAUCGCAUUUGCAUGCGUCAGGAGAUUGAAAUGUGCUCCAUAGUUUAUCAGCCAUGUGAUGAGCAGUCGUUUCGAAUCGGUCCUAGUAUCCCAGUACGCACGGGUAUAAUUUCCAAUGGCGCCAUCGAUCUAAAUACUAUGGGUUCUAUUAUGAACAUGAACACUAACAAUGUAAACAACAAUAUGUUAUUUGACCAAAAUGUUAUUAUGUCAACCACAAUGCCGCAAGAAUCCCUGAUAUCACAGACUACACCUUUUCGUCCUACUAAUAUCGGUAUUAACAUGACAAGUCCAACAACAAUGUUAAGCGUAGAAACAUCUUCCACAGCAAUGGCCAUGCCAAUAACUUCAACAACAUUAACAACACCAUCUACAUCUACUAUACCUACUACAUCAACCAUGUCUAUCGCUUCAAAUGCACCAGAUGCGUUACCAACAACAGAAUUAUCAGCAACUACAGCAGUAGUGACUACAACACCUUCUCCGCCAGCUGCAAGUACAAGUUCCGAUACCGACGCAGCACCUGCACCCGCACCAGCGCCAGCUCCCAGUCCUGCACCUCCACCUGAAAGUUCUACUGCUAGCCCUGUCAACAACAUAGUCAGCACGACAACUACGACAACAAUUGCCCCCCAAUUGAGCGACGACAUUGAUGGCUCAGGUGACGGAAGCGAUAUCUCAGUGACACCGUCUACUGGAACUGGAGCUUCACGCAGACCGCAAACAACAAGUGGUGGAUUUGAUCUUCUUGGAUUUUUAAGAACUGCGUUUGCACUUGGUUUCCGUAACAAACGAAAUGCCCGACAAUUUUAUAGUACAUGCUCUGAUCGUAUUACCAUGCCCUGCAUAAUUGAAGACUUUAUUAAUAUUGGUCUUGGACCUCUACCUGGGUGUGAGCCUGUACAUUGUGGCUUUCAGUUUUGUUCAUCUGGAGUGUGGCCAUGUAUGAUUGAAUCAACUGUUACACCUUUUUAUAUUGGAAUACAUUUCGGCAAUGGCAUUGGUAAAGGAAGCGCAGAAGAUAAUAUUGGCGCAUGCCUACGGUUUAAGCAAGUUCAGUGCCCAUAAAAUAGGAAAAAUGAAAUGCAGUUUCGAA